AUGCUUUUUAUUCUUUUCCCAGCUUUAAUUUCGUUUGUUUGUUCGUAUCCAUGGAACGAACAUGAAAAUACUUGUAUUGGGAUUUCGAAACUGGAAACCUUUUUGAAGCUUUGUAAAUCUGCCAUCAAUCAAUCACCAAAAGGAGAACCAGUGCUUUAUUUUGAGGAAAUGAGAAGAAAUCGAUUUGGAAAGCUCACUCCAUUCAAACAGCAAACCACUUGGCGGAAAUUGUUUCAGAAUCAUCAUUCACCAGUCGAUUUAUCUCAAGCCGUCGCUUGUUAUUGUCUCAGCCACUAUCCAUAUGUCAGAGUGAUCAAUCUCAAAGAAAGACCGAUAAAGCAGAAAGCAUUAGGUUGGGGAGUUCGAGCUACAAUUGACAUCCCAGCAUUCACUCUAUUGGUUGGAUAUCAGGGACUUGAACAUAUCAUUGGCGAUCUUGAUGACGAUUUGUUAUGGAGAAUACGUCAAGUAAACGAUGCGACGAUGGAUGCAGAAUAUACACUUACAGUUGAUAAUACCGACUAUUUGAUCGAAGGUGCACCAGCUGUGGCUCUUUACCAUGAGAAACGGGUUUCUUUGUCAGACAAAAGCACGAAAGUUCUAUUCUGCUUGGGUCCUUUGGUUAACGGAUCGCCGAAUCCAAACGUUGAGUGGUCACAAAUUGAACUUGAUGGUCAACCAUUGGUCAUGUUUUAUGCAAAGCGCAAAAUCGGGAAGGGCCAAGAGUUAUUCGUGGACUACGGAGAGGAAUACAUGGCUGAGAAUCAGAUCAAU